UAACGCACAUGCGCAGUAGAACUUCCUGUAUGUUAAUUGGGUAAAAUGUUGUUUACAUUGACGAUGGAGGACAAUUUUAGAUAAAACACGUGAAUAAAGAGUUAAAAGGCGUGGUAAAGUUUUUUAAAACAUGGGGAAUACCGCAGUUGUUGCCUCUGGGGUGAAGAAUCAAGCUGACAAAGGAGCGAAAGCUUUGUAUCACCUUGUAGAUUUGAAAGGAGGCGGAAUAUUGAUGGAAAGUGCAAAGAGAGCAGGAUGGACUAAAGAUUAUACCGAAUUAGAUCAAAAAAUUCUAACAGAGGUUCCGAAGUUUCUCUAUAACAAUGGAGAAGGCAAGAAAAUUCCAAUUGUUGAUUUGGUCAUGAUAAGAAAUAAAGAGAGACAGAGAACAAAAAUUAGAGUGGGCAAGGAAAAACAAGAGAAGGCAAAAGAGCUUGCAAAGAUUGAUAUGCACUUAACAGAUGCUGAGGGAAAUUAUCUUCACAAUAAACCAGAUCGUAAAUACCGUGAACUAUGCUGGAGGAGCGAUGAACUUGGAACUGUUGGGGAAUCUGCCCUCCAUCUUUGUCUACUCAACUCGUCGGCUAUCCAUGCUAACCUGGCAAAGAGACUGCUCCACCAUUUCCCGAAACUUAUCAAUGAUAUUUACCUAUCAGAGGAGUACUACGGAGAAAAUGCUCUUCACAUGGCCAUAGUUAAUGAGGACCCAUGUAUGGUGAAGUUCCUGUUAGACAAAGGUGCGGACUACCACCAGCGUUGCUAUGGAAACUUUUUCACACCAGAUGACCAGAAAGACUCACGCACAGACAGUAUGGACCAUGAGUGGGUUGAUGUUUGUCAGAAAACAAACUAUGAAGGACAUGUAUAUUUUGGGGAAUACCCUCUAAGUUUUGCUGCCUGCCUCGGUCAGGAAGAAUGUGUACGGCUGCUGGUUGCUAAGGGAGCUGACCCAAAUUUACAGGAUAGCAACGGAAACACUGUGAUGCACAUGCUCGUUAUUUUGGACAGAAAGGAGAAGGAACUAGAAGGAGAGUAUACUCCAAAGAAGGACAUGUUUGACAUUCUGUACAGUCUUGGCGGCCGUCUUGAUAUCAGAAACAGGCAAGGAUUAACUCCCCUGACUUUGGCCGCAAAACUUGCAAGAAAAGAGAUGUACGAACAUAUUCUGGAGAUAAUAAGACAGAUUUACUGGAUUUACGGAAAUGUUACAUGUGCCGGCUAUCCUCUACCAGACAUUGACACAAUCUCCGCUGCCGGAGAACUGGAUAAAUUCUCUGUGCUGAACUUGGUUGUUUAUGGGGAGUCUGAAGGUCACCUUGACAUGAUGGACGGUUUGAUAGUUAAUCUUUUGAAGGAAAAAUGGAAAGUUUUUGCUAGAUUCAGAUUCUACAGGAGGUUUGUUAUUUUCAUCAUAUACUUUUUGCUGUUUGUUACUGCAUUUAUUCUACGUCCCGGCACAGAUCGGUGCCCAGAAACACGUCAAAUAAACUCCAGUAAUGGUAUGCUACAGAAUGUGACAGAGAUUGAUGCCGGGUACCUGCUGAAAACUUGUUCAACGGAGGAUACAAUUCGAUUUGCCCUGGAAAUAUUAGUACUGUUUGGAGCUAUAGUAUAUCUUGGUCUGGCAAUGAAGGAAAUAUAUCAUCAAGGCUUCAAUAUCUUCUUUACAACACUGAGAGGAGCACCAACAAAGGCGAUGUUUCUGAUGUCAUGUCUGUUUGUUGUUAUGAUGUUACCUGGCCGGGCGUCGGCGGCGUACCAGUAUGAGGACGUGAUGGGCGUACUCGCCAUAUUGUUCACGGCACCAUAUUUCCUCUUCUUCUGCAGAGGUGUUCGCAUCGUUGGGCCGUUUGUGAUUAUGAUAUAUAAGAUGAUUAAAGGAGAUCUGCGGAGAUUUUUCAUUAUCUACCUUGUGUUCAUCGUAGGAUUUUCCCAAGCGUUCUUUAUAAGUUUUGUUGGUAGUACAUGUGAUCCCGAGUCUGACCCGUGUGUGUUCGCGAACCCAAUUGACGCGUUAUUGGGUACUUUUUCUAUGUCAGUAGGAGAUUUUGAAGACAUAGUUCAGACAUUCCCGACCUCACGCCAUCAAAUUACGCUUAGUAUCAUUUUUGUGUUAUAUAUGAUCAUGGUCACUCUGCUGCUUGUAAACAUGUUGAUUGCCAUGAUGGGAAAUACAUACCAACUUGUUGCUGAAACACAAAAAGAAUGGUUCCGACAGUGGGCGAAAAUUGUUUUGGUUGUGGAGCAAAGUGUUACAACAAAGGAAAGACAAAAAUAUCAGAUCCAGUACUCUCAACCUGCCCUGGAUGGUCGUCGAGCUUUCCCGAUCAGGUGGUACCAAUCGGAGCGUGAGAAAGAAGAGCGUCGUGUGGCACGUGAGGAGCAGAGGCGUAAGCAGAAAGAGAAGAUGUCGCAGAGCCGUUGGAAAAAGAUGAAGAAAACUGCCAUGUUUACGAAAACGAUAAACCUGAGGGAGGUGAAGGAAGGCAAAGUUAACGUAUAAACAUUUCUUUAAUUAGUCAGUUGCUGUUUGUUAUUAUGGACUUUGUCGGUGUUUUCACAUUUAUUGCUGUCAAGUGAGUUUGAAUUUUAACGGUCUAGUCUCUAUGAUUUGAAGCUUGUAAAAAAAAAGUAACUUAUAAAUUUUGGAGAACAAUAUUUUUACUUAAUAUUAAUAUAUAUUCCCUUAAAGUGCAAUUAGCAAAUUUUGUUUUGAUAAAAGUUUUCUACAGUAACGUUUAUAUUUGUAAAUUUAAAAGAAAAAUGUUUUGAAGAAAAAAUAUAAAAUGGAGUUAUUUAAAAGAAAGAAUAUGUGUGAUGAACUGUUAUGAAAUAGAAUAACUGGUUUAUUCCAUUUUAUGUUAAGAUUUCUUGCAUUGUUUUGUGUGUUGUUGUUUUUGUCAUGUUGAAAACAAACUGUGUUUAUUUGAUGUUGAAUAAACAAAUAAGCUUGUUGUUUGUUGAAGUUAGUAUGUUGAUUAUUUUUUAAUUUUAUACAUUUUUAAUGAUUUUUUAUUGCAUACAUUAACAAACUUUAAAAUUCCGUCCAUUUUUACAAUGGUAUUGUUCUUUACUAUUCAAAGUCUUUAAUGACCAUUUUAGUUCUUUAGUGUUAAUUUUAUGUUGAAAUAGUUGUUGAAUUGCUUUAUAGUGAUAAUCAUUUGCCUUAAUAGUCAUUUGUCCAAUCAAAUUAUAGUAUAUAUGUUUCUUGCAUUUAUAAAGUUCAUGUUGAAAAAUAAUUGUUUUCAAUGUAUGCUUUUAAUUUAGGUAUAAUGUUGUCCUUUUGAAUAUAAUAAUAUUAUGUAAUAAUGAUUUGUAGAUCUAUGGCACAUGUAUAAAGCCUGGCUGUGCUGCUGAGUGGUUAACACAUCAGACUCAGUAAUCUAAGGAUUUAUGGCUGCGUGGGUUCAAACCCCCUCAGGGGCAAGCCAUUGUUUCCUUGAGCAAGAAACUUUACAUUCAUUGCUUAGUACUUGUUAGUUCAAGGAACGGAUUCGAGAGUGUUUUAAAAAGCUUAUAGAUUCUGACAUAAUCGAACUAAAAUAAAUUUGUAUGAACUAAACUAAAGUCUGGCUGCUCUAUACUUAUGGCUGUUUAAUUGUUACUUUUUUAUAUCAAAUUUCCCUCAUAUUAACAAUGGACAGGUCCAAAUUCAAUGCAGGACCAAGUCCAUUUUAUAAAUAUAGCGAGGUAUGGGUUAUAUGUGUGAAGGUCAUAUUGUCACACUGUUUUAUCUAGCCCAAUAAUUCUGUAGAGUUGUAAUACUGUUGCAUUUACCUUAUUUUUAAGGCUGUAAGGGAGGGGGUUCAACUUAUUUUACAUUCCACAUUUCACACUUUGUUUUUAUUCCACAUUUUAUGUUAUUUCGCAGUCAACAUGUUAAUUACAUUGUUUCAUUAUUCCACAUGUUAUUUCACAGUUCACAUGUUAUGUUGACUAAUUGAAUAACAUGUUAUUUUACAUA